AUGACAGCCACCAUCUUCGACAUCGUCGUCAUCGGCGGCGGCCCUGUCGGCAUGGCGGCCGCAUACGAGGCAGCUAAAGCAGGUGCCAGGGUCGCCCUGCUCGAGCAAAACAAUUUCUUCAAUCAGGCCGGGAGCUCUGGUGAUCUCGCUCGCAUGUUCCGAACCAUGUACACGGAAGACUACAUGGCCGACUUGGCCAAGGAGGCCAUGCAGCUCUGGGACGCGCUCGAGAAGGAUUCGGGUACAUCCCUGCGCUGGAUGAGCGGCCUGCUGAACUUUGGCGACAAGGAUAUUGGCGGGGGCACACCCGAGGUGACGGCCAAGGCCAUCGAGGGCCGCUAUCCGUUCAAGAACCUUCCCGCCGACUGGGUUGGGUUGUUUUCCCCGGACAACGGCGUCAUCAACGUUCAGCUACUCCUGCGAACGCUCCUUAACCUGGCCAAGGAUUAUGGCGCCGAGGCAAGGCAGCACACGCAGGUUCAGUCCAUUCUCCCACCCAAGGCGCCCCAGGCCGGUUAUAACUGGGAAGUGAACACGCUGCGUCACGGAAGCGAGGCCGUCACGUUCAAGACGAACAAGGUCAUCAUCGCCUCCGGCAGCUAUGUCAAUCACGUUCUCAAGCCGAGCUUUGGCUUUUCGCUCGACCUCGACAUCUGGGAGAUGGUGGCGAGCUACUUCAACACCAACGCUGGACCCGAAGGCACGAUAUUUCCAAGCAUGUGGUUCCAGUUUGCGCCCGACAAGCAAGGCAGGUCGCAGCUCUUCUAUGGCUUUCCCACCCUGCCAUGGGGUCCCCCUAACGUCGUCCGAAUCGCGGUCGACGCGGCGAGUCGGCGGAUCAAGGACCCCACCGAGCGACAGACCAAUGUCGUCAACCCGGACGACGUUCGCGAUACGCAGGACUUUGUUCGAGAGCACGUCGUGGGCGUCGACGCGACGGUGCCGGCGUCGACGCUGACCUGUCUGCAGACAAACGUCUUUGACAACAUGUUCGUCCUCGACUUUGUCCCCCAAGAGUACCUCCGGGGUGGGCCCAAGGACAGUGUCGUCGUCUUCACCGCCGGCUGGGCCAUGAAGUUUGUGCCGAUGCUGGGCAAGGCAUUGGCCGAAAUGGCGAUUCGUGGGGGGUCCAAGUACGCGCUGAGCGAGUUCUCCAUGACGAGGAAGGAUCCAACGACAGGCAAGGGAAUUAUCGUCAACGACAAAGCAGGCAACGGGACGUCGUUUGCGUUUGCGAAGCAGGCAUCCGGUUCGUCCUAUAAGGGUGUCCAUAACAUGGGUCGCUAG